AGGUCGUGGAUUCUAUAGUGAAUCCAAAGCCCUGACUUCAGAGCUGCGGUUGAAUAUCUAGAAGAAGUUUGUUUAGAAAUAUACAACUAGAACCAGAAUUUCUUGUUCUUCAUCUUGCAACCCAAUACUGAAAUAUCGAUAGCUGAAUAAGGAUACUGCAUUCUCCUGACUGCAAGUUCUAGAAUUUAUUCACUUACAAUCUUGAUCUUCAACAAAUACUAGCCAUCUUCGAAAAUGGGUGCUCAUGAUACUGGUCUCUCCAUCGCGGGUUCGCGCGAUAGCGGACAAGAUGUCCGCGCAGCCAACACCACAGCUGUGAUGACAUUGUCGAACAUCCUGAAGACCUCCCUUGGUCCCCAGGGUUUAGAUAAGAUGAUUGUGGAUGACGUCGGUGAUAUCUGUAUCACGAAUGAUGGAGCCACGAUCUUGAAGAAGUUGGAGAUUCAACAUCCGGCGGCGAAGGUAUACUUAGACUUGGAUCGAAUUUAGUAUUUGGAUGGAUCAUGCUCGUACACUAAUCCUAUGGAGGUAACAACAGCACCGUCUUUUUUAUCCUUCACAAACAUUAACUAACAUCAUCAGCCAAAUUCUGUGCCAUGCGAAUCAAACAUUUUGUACACUUCAACUUUCUGAAAAAGUAUCCCUCUCAAAUUCAAAAAUAGGUCCUCGUCGAGCUCGCCGAUCUUCAAGAUCGUGAGGUUGGUGAUGGCACGACCUCGGUCGUCCUUCUCUCGGCGGAGCUCUUAAAGCGUGGUAACGAGUUGGUAAAGCAGAAUAUCCACCCGACUUCGGUUAUUGCCGGAUAUCGUUUGGCUAUGCGAGAGGCGGUCAAAUUUAUCAAAGAAAACAUGGGAAUGAAAUUGGAGAACUUGAACAGCCGUGAGUUGCUGACGCAGGUGGCUAAAACGACGUUGAGCAGCAAAUAUGUUUAUGAAAGAAAUUGAUAUUCGUGAAGAUCUACUAACUAAGAUGAUUACCAACUUGAUCAUAACUAUGUAUACCUAUACCCUGCUUUAAUAUUUGGAGAUUGAGAAGCAGUAGUACUAAUCGGGUGUUGUUUUUCUUUCUUCAAUUUGAUUGGUAGUCAAAUUCCUGUUCCCAACUUAUCCUCUCCCUUCCCUUCAUUCCCCCGGCGCCGACAGCGAGUAUUUCUCGAAGUUAGUCGUUGACAGCGUGAUGUCGAUUCGGAUUAAGAACGUUGAAGGCAAGUGGAAAUAUCCCAUUGGCCAGGUCAACGUCAUUCGUAGCCAUGGUAAGCACAGUCGCGAGUCUCUUUUGUUACGGCUUCUCCUAUUUCAUCUCCAGAAGCAGCAUCUACAUCUUAGAGACGUUUUCAAAAGGAAAGUGGUCUUACGAUGAGCUUCAAGAUGAAUUUGGGUGAGCUCUAAGGUUCGUAGAAAACGGUUACGCCAUGCAGCUCGCGCGAGUGGCUCAGGGAUGUCCGACGCGCGUGGAGAACGCGAAAAUUGCCUUGUUAGACUUCGACUUGAAGAAAUAUUGCAUGCGACAGGCAGAAAUCCUAGUCAGCGACCCCGCAGAACUGGAGAAAAUCCGUCAAAAAGAAAUGGACAUUACAAGGGAGAGGAUUAAUAAGGUACAGAUCAUGUUGUUUUUACAUAUUGAGUGUUUACAUGCUGCUUCUUGAUCAGGGACUAGUAUCAUCUUGGAUUACUUCUAAACCUUUAAAUAGUACUAGAGUUUUUUAUUCGUGAACAAGAUUCUACCAAGAGCAAUGAAUCUGUUUGUACAAGAACGGAUAAAUAAGUAAAUGAUUGAAUGACCUUCCUUCUUUUCUAUUACAACUAACUGAAACUUUAUUAACUUUGUUCUAUCUUCUACAACUCCAUCAACCCAUCAACACUCCACACUCUCAGAUCUUGGCCACCGGCGUGAAUGUUGUUAUGACGACAAAGGGUAUGGAUGAUAUGAGCAUCAAGUACUUGGUCGAAGCUGGCGCUUUGGGUGUCCGUCGUGUAGAUAAGGCAGAUAUGAAGCGUCUUGCACGUGUCACGGGUGCCAAGAUUCAACUUACUUUGGCCACUAUUGACGGCGGCGAGGCCUUUGAAGCCGAUGCUGUAGGUACCUGUGACCUAGUCGAGGAACGCCGAGUGGGCGACAACGAGUUUAUUUUUGUCCAUGGAGCGAAGGAUUCGAAGGCCAGCACUUUGUUGUUGAGAGGAGCAAACGAGUUUAUGCUCGAAGAGACGGAGAGGAGCAUCCACGACGCAUUGAUGGCAGUCGGUAAAACGGCAGAGUCGAACAGUGUUGUGCCAGGUAACUUUUAGUUGUUACAUGUCGACUACAGCACGUACUAUUUCUUGUCUGUUGAUAAAAAAAACCCGGAUGACCAAGAACUACAUGUUUUUUUCUCAAUCUGCUCGUUCUUCAAUGCACAACAUCACAACCACCACACAACAACCACACAUUUCAAAAACUAUACAUUUCAGGUGGCGGCGCAGUCGAAACCCAGCUCUCCUUGCACUUGGACGACUUCAGUCGUAGCCUAGACAGCAAGGAACAACUUGCCGUUGCGCAGUUUGCGGAUGCUCUCAUGGUCAUUCCCACUACGCUGACUUGCAACGCGGCUUUGGACGCUAUUGAUUUGACGUCGAAAUUGAGAGUUGCGCAUCACGCAGCCAGGAACGACCCAGCGGGAAAGAAAGAAUUGAAGUUCUUUGGGUUGGAUUUGGUCAACAAUAAGGUAUUUCUAUUUCUUUAUUUAUGAAACACAUUUACUUGUUUCAAUCAGAGACUGUUUGAUAAGCCUCAGAAGGAGGUGGAGAACCCUGAAAAUUUUAACCUAACAUCAUCUUUCACAAAAUAACAGGUCCAGCAUUCCCUUCAAAACGGCGUUGUGGAACCCAUGGUUUCAAAAUUGAAGAGUCUAAAAUUUGCGACAGAGGCAGCCAUAACGAUCUUGCGCAUCGAUGAUUUGAUCAAACUCGAUAAGGAGGAUCAAGGACAGUAAAGGAUGUUUUCGUUCGAGCAAUGUGAAAGGUCAGAACAGCUACAGAAGUGAUGCUCAUGAGACGAGACAACGAAUUAUGGAGCAGGUGGACGAACUCGAACGCUUCAGCGUUCCGCGGUGGUGCCUCUGGCACAUGGCUAUAUAAUUCGGAGUCAAGCAUUCUUGUCCCUUGACACAUUGUUGAGAACUUUGUCUUGUUUACCCACAUGGACAUGGAGAACGAGCAUUAAAGACAUCACAGUCCUCUGCUUGACAGUGUCUGUGUAGCACUGUCGUUCUUGUGUUGAGCGAGAACAAGCGACGAUAUGGUAUUGACAGAUCUUCCCCUGACGACGCUGUACCCCAGAACUUUCUUAGGAUCUUUUAACCCCUCAGUCACACCAGUAUGUAACAAGUAUUUGAUUCCGUCCUGUAUCAAUCUUCAAUAUCUACUCAGCUUCUAUCCACCUUCGAUUUAAAAGUUGUUGAUGAGUUCUUAUUUUUACGUGCCUCUGACGUUUACCAAGUUCGAGGAUAAACAAAUGCAAUGACGUAGUUUCAGUGUUUGUGGCGAUAAUUUUUACGUCAUAGACAGUUGAUUUUGAUAGAAAAAUAUUGAUAAGCUGGAUAUCGGCAGCGGCCAUGGCGAUGUCGUCAAAACAAGAG